UACUACGUCAUCGUUACAAAUGGCCGACGUUGUAAACAAGGCAGAGGAAUACAAGUUUUAGUUCGCUAGCUAGCUAGCUACAUGUUUACCACAACAACAAAAAAAUGAAUAGCAUAGACUGCGAGCGUUUGGACAGCUUGGACGGCUGGGUCGCCAUCAAAACGAACAUAUUCGAAGAAAACGAGACGUUCAAGCUCGGUUUUAUCGUUCAGUGGAAUGUGAUCGAGUCCAAGUUCGCGGUCACCUGUCACAACAGAACUCUCCAGCGACAGAAGCGCAAAGACCAGCUUGCUGUCUGCGAAACCGAAACCAGCUGGGCCGGACUCUUCUCUGUUAACGACUUAAAAAAUGUCCACCGUCAGUUUACAGGGGUCGGGGAUGUCGUCGCACCCUUUUUCCCCGACCUGUCGGACUUCAAGGAGGGUAACAUUUGGGACAUGAUCUUUCUCGGUAGCAAUCGGACAUUCAACCAAGAUGAUCAAGAGAGAGAUCUGGAUACACCUUGCCGUCAGCUGGAGAAGUACUUCAGCACUGCGAUAGAUAUCUGUGGCAGGAAGAUAGUGCUGGACUCGCUUUUCCCGCAGGACGAGCGAGAUGUCGAGGAGUACUUUGAGAACAUGCAGGAGUUCAAGAGGAAAACCAUGCAGGAUGAGGUCACCAGGGCUAAGGAUCACCUUAGAAAGAUCCUUCAGAGUCAUGGAGGUGCAGACAGAAUGAUUCUACUGCUACAGAUCUACCACGAGGAGGACCUAGCCUACCAGGACCUGGUCACCGUAGCAACCACCUUCUACCAGUACCUGCUGCAACCCUUCAGAGACAUGAGAGAACUGGCAGGGCUCUACAAGAUGGAGAUACUGAAGUCUCUGGAUGAGGAGGAGCUGGGUCCUAAGAGGAUAGCAGCACUGGAGAGAGAGGCAGAGGAGUGGAGGAGGAGAGGAGAGGAUGCAGUCUCCUCCAUACAGGACAUCACAGUCAGCUACUUCAUAGAAACAUCCAAAGCCCUUGGAGGUAUGCUGCGUGUGAUGGGGGAGGAUAAGCGUGGUUUUGGUCAGGCCUCCUGGGCCUCAGCAGCUCCUAGACUGGAGAAGCUGCGUUUCCUGCUGGCUAAAGAGACCCUGCAACACAUGAGAGCAACUGAGAUGUGUCUGCACCGCAAGAAACACACCAUCAGAGAGAAGAUGGGAGGUCUGUCUGGCCAGGACCAGAGGGGUCCAGAAACUGUAGAUAAUCUAGAGCUUCUGUACUACGAGGCUCAGCUAGAACUCUACGAUGCCAAGUUUGAGAUCCUCAAGAACGAAGAGCUUCUAUUGGUCGCUCAGAUCGACACCCUGCGACGCCAGAUCAAAGAGCUGAAAGAGGAGGUGGUGUAUUAUGAUGUGUGUGAGGAUCCAGAGGAGCUCCAAAGCCUAUCACAGACAGCUGCACCUUUAGACCCCACCCACUCACCUGUCAAUCACCUGGGGCGAUGCCUACAGCAGCUGGAAGCCAAGAGAGGGAACAUCUGUGCCCGCCGCGCAUACCUCCGCAACAAGAAGGAUCAGUGUGUGGAGGCUAACGAGCAGAAGCACCGUCUGGCCCAGCACAGCUCCACUCACUUUACCCAGCACCACGGAGUAGCCCUGAAGAGAGAUAAGAGGAGAGAGGAGGAAGAGAGGAGGAAGGAGUGGAUGGACCAGGAGAGAGAGAGAACCCUGAGCAGACUCCGCUCCUUCAGAGAGAAGCGACAGGGAAGUUACGUCCUGAAGACUCCACGAUCCAAGAUGGCUGCCAGGGAGCCGCAGUGUUCCGACCUCUCCCAGCCUCUGUCAAUCAUUAGCAUCGGCCCCUCCCCUUCAUCUAAUGGGGCCGCCCCCAGAAAGACCCCCAGGAAACUCAAACCGAAAGACAUCCCCGUCCAAAUCUUCACUCCUCCUCUCCCUCCUCCUUCGCCUCUGCCAACUACAUCUCCCACUACAGCUGUACCCCCACCUCAGACCUCCUCUCCUCCUCCCCCUCCUCCUCCCCCUCCCCUACCCCCACCUCCUCCCCCUCCACCCCUCCCUGCCCUCACCCCCUGUAAGACAGAGGUAGGGGACUCCCCCAUGCCUCUCAGUGAGAGAGAGGCCGCACCCUUCCCUGCCAAAAUGACCCUGAAGCAGAACCUAGGUUCUAUGGACGAGGUGUUGGCAUCAUUACAGCGUGGUCAGGUCAGGCUGCGUCGUGUCCAGCCCCUUGCCCCUCCUGGUCCCGGCCUGGCGCCCUCCGGUGGUGACCUCAGGGAUAACAUCAUGUCUGCCAUCAGACUUGGGGUCAAACUACGCAAGGUGGUCCCAGCGGUGCCCCUGCCCCAGGGCAGCAGGGACACAGAUCUGCAGAGGAGCAUCAAGGCAGCCAUGCAGAGGAUGAAGAAGGUCUCCUCCGACUCGGAUGAUGAAGAUGAGGAGAGAGGAGAGGACAACACGCCCUCGGCUGAGUGGGACAGCUGAGAGGAGACGUAUGCACGGACAGACAGACACUCGGACACGCAUGGACACAUCCAUAAAGCAGGCGUACUGUGUGUGUGUGUGUGUGUGUGUGUGUGUGUGUGUGUGUGUCUAUACAGCGGGGAGAACAAGUAUUUGAUACACUGCCGAUUUUUGCAGGUUUUCCUACUUACAAAACAUGUAGAUAUACUUAUGUCAUGCAAAUGAAUUACUUAAAAAUCAUACAAUGUGAUUUUUGUUUUAGAUUCCGUCUCUCAUUGUUGAAGUGUACCUAUGAUUUUAAAAAAUUACAGACCCCUACAUGCUUUGUAAGUAGGAAAACCUGCAAAAUCUGCAGUGUAUCAAAUACUUGUUCUCCCCACUGUAUACACACACACACACACACGUACAAAUCAAAACAUUCACUAAUCAAUAGGUUAACCAUGUUGCCAAUGGUUUAGUCGUGUGAUUAUGCAGGUUUACUGUUUGACGUAAAACUUGAUCCAUAGAGAAGAGAUCGUGUCUUAAACACCCUGAAAAUGUUUAACUAAAGCACUGUGCCCAAAUAUCCACCACCUGUUACCACGGUUCAAGGCUACAGCCUCUUUUUCACCAAGCUUAGAAACUAGCUGUGUUAUCUGGCUAAAAAGCUCCCACCAAUUCCAGAUUUUCAUGAGGACUUGACAUUGAAGUAUUGUCCAACUGCUUUACAGAGAGAGAGAGACAGAGAGAGAGAGAGAGACAGAGAGACAGAGAGACAGAGAGAGAGAGAGAGAGAGAGAGAGACAGACAGAGAGACAGAGACAGAGAGACAGAGAGAGAGAGAGAGACAGAGAGACAGAGAGACAGAGAGAGAGAGAGACAGAGAGAGAGACAGAGAGAGAGAGAGACACAUCUAGAAAUAGAAAGGAAUAGAUUCUGUGUCUAUGGUUGCAGGCCCCUGCAGAGUGUUCUAAUAGAACAGGUGGUAGACCUUACCGUGUAAUGCGGUUCAGUUUGUCAUCGUAUUACACUACAUCUCCCUUAAUGUUUUGUUUGUCUAGUGCCAGUUGGAACUGGUGUCCCCCCUUCAUAGCAUAACUGACAAACCAUUGAAGGUGAAAUCAUUUAUUUUAUCGUUUUUUUGUUUGUUUCUGCUUCAGGAUUUUAUCUACGGAUGAAAAUGAGCUCGUUUUGCCAACUCCGGCACAUUUACUUUGAUGAGGAAAACUGAAAUGUUGAUGACUGUGCACUCUGUGUCCUACAACGCCAUAUUAAUCGCCGUGACGAUAAAAUGACCCUUUAAGUAUGACCCUUCAUGAACAGAAUAGAGCUUUACCCAGUUUCCCACCAUGAACUAAAACAGUAGGAUGAAGUUGACCCCGUAGGCACAACAGCCCUAGGAUCAGCCUCCUCUCCCCCCAAUCCCAACCUUUAACCAUUAUGGGGGAAUAAUCUAAAACUGGCCUUGGGUCAGUGUCUAGGGGGCCAACUUCACCCUAGUAUUUCUAAUGAUGCUACGUUAUUACAUUGCACUUGAUUUGACCGGGUUGUCACGGAGACACAAAAGGCCGUGUUCCAGACUGCCCUGCGAAAGCAAGCAGCGUCUUUUAGACAAAUUAAUCAAAUCAAAUGUAUUUAUAUAGCCCUUCGUACAUCAGCUGAUAUCUCAAAGUGCUGUACAGAAACCCAGCCUAAAACCCCAAACAGCAAGCAAUGCAGGUGUAGAAGCACGGUGGCUAGGAAAAACUCCCUAGAAAGGAGUGAUUGAAUAUGUAAGAUUUGGUGCGCGACCGCGAUGUAGGUGGCCUGGAACAUGUCCGGAUGUAUGAACCAGCGCCAGUGCACUGAUUUAAAUAUUUUAUUGUAAACUGUCAAACCCAGUUUCCAUUCGACUGUGUUAAGUGUUAUUUUUAAGAGAGAACGUUAUGUCAUUAAUGCUCAAGUGCCUUGGGGACUGUAAGUUAUUACGAGCUGUCAUUCACCAAUAAACUGUUGUUGAAUAAGG